ACAGAAAGGACAAGCUGAUUGAGCAGAUGUAUUCGGGUGCGGCGACAACGGUUCCCGGGAUAAAGGGGGAAGCAUCCAAGUCUACAAAAGCCAUGGAACGUUUGCCCGGCGCGUCAUAACGCUGUUAACGUUUGAAGGAGCUCCAUUGCCAGCUUCAACUAACGUAAAAAUAUCAGUCUGUGAAAUUAUUCCAUUGUUGGAUAUAAACUAUUUUUUUUAGUUUUACUACUUAAAAAGAAUCAAUAUGCGUGAAUGUAUCUCAGUACACGUUGGACAAGCUGGAGUCCAAAUUGGUAAUGCUUGUUGGGAGUUAUACUGCUUGGAGCAUGGUAUCCAGCCUGAUGGUCAAAUGCCAUCUGACAAGUUACUUGGCAGUGGUGACGACAGUUUCAACACCUUCUUCAGUGAGACUGGUGCUGGCAAACAUGUACCCAGAGCCGUUUUCAUCGAUCUUGAGCCAACUGUUGUCGAUGAAGUCCGAACUGGAACAUACCGUCAAUUGUUCCACCCAGAACAGUUGAUCACUGGUAAAGAAGAUGCUGCCAACAAUUAUGCUCGUGGUCAUUACACCAUUGGAAAAGAAAUUGUUGAUUUGGUAUUGGACAGAGUACGCAAACUUGCUGACCAAUGUACUGGUCUUCAAGGUUUUUUGAUUUUCCACUCUUUCGGUGGUGGUACUGGAUCUGGAUUCACUUCUCUUCUCAUGGAGCGUCUCUCUGUUGACUAUGGAAAAAAAUCCAAGCUCGAAUUUGCCAUUUACCCAGCUCCACAAGUCUCAACUGCUGUUGUUGAGCCAUACAACUCAAUCUUGACCACCCACACAACUCUUGAGCACUCUGACUGUGCUUUCAUGGUUGACAACGAAGCCAUCUAUGACAUUUGUCGCAGAAACUUGGACAUUGAACGUCCAACUUACACAAACUUGAACAGACUCAUUGGUCAAAUUGUGUCAUCAAUUACAGCAUCUCUUCGUUUUGAUGGUGCACUCAAUGUUGAUUUGACUGAAUUCCAGACUAACUUGGUACCAUACCCACGUAUUCAUUUCCCAUUGGUCACUUAUGCUCCAGUUAUUUCUGCUGAAAAAGCUUACCACGAACAACUCUCAGUUGCCGAAAUCACCAAUGCCUGUUUCGAGCCAGCCAACCAAAUGGUCAAGUGUGAUCCACGUCAUGGUAAAUACAUGGCAUGUUGCAUGCUUUACCGUGGUGACGUUGUCCCCAAGGAUGUCAACGCAGCUAUUGCCACCAUCAAGACCAAGCGUACCAUUCAAUUUGUUGACUGGUGUCCAACUGGUUUCAAGGUCGGUAUCAACUACCAACCACCAACAGUUGUACCAGGUGGUGAUCUUGCCAAGGUUCAACGUGCUGUCUGCAUGUUGUCCAAUACCACUGCCAUUGCUGAGGCAUGGGCUCGUCUUGAUCAUAAAUUCGAUCUCAUGUACGCCAAACGUGCCUUCGUUCAUUGGUACGUUGGUGAAGGUAUGGAAGAAGGUGAAUUCUCAGAAGCUCGUGAAGAUCUUGCUGCUCUUGAAAAAGAUUACGAAGAGGUUGGCACUGACUCCGUUGAAGGAGAAGGUGAAGGUGCAGAAGAAUACUAAAAUGUAUCAUAUCAAAAAAACCACUGAACUUGGUUGUUUUAAUAACCUAUGACUUUGUAAAAAUAUCAUGUUUAUUUAAAUCCAAAACAAGACUUGAACCAACUCAUUCCUUAAAAAAAUUGGCUUCGACAAAUUAAUAAAAUAUCUUGAUACUUUUCAAAUAAA